GCCCUCCGUCUCCCACUCCAACUUCAAUUCUUCUUUCUUCCCCCUCCUCUCAGAACCCUAUUUUCUUCUUCUUCGCUCAAUUACACAGGAAUCUCCGUGUGGGGCGUUUAUGGAUUUGGGACGUGGAUCUUCUUCUUCCGGGAAUUCUGUUGCUUGCGUAUCCCUUGGCCUACAUCAGUUGUUCUCUCACCCCGCCGAUCUUCUCGUAUCAAUGUUCUGCACGCGAUUGACGCUUUGGCUACGGGACUUCUUUCGCUUUCGCCUUCGCAGUUAACACCCCCCAUGAUCAAUUUUUUCAUCUAUCAUAUAGUGAAAACGAGUUGCAGGGCCCUGAUCACAAAUUAAAGAGACAGUUGAUAACAAUAAAUAAAAAAUAGAGGGGGUGCAGUCUCUGGGAAUGGUUUGCCUGGUGCCAGUGGGUGAUCCAAGAUGACCGUGAGUGACGGCAAUACGUCAUAUAUUAAGAUGCCUUGGAGGAGGGGUAAGUCUCCUGGUUGGGCAGCUUAUGACCUUAAACAACGGAAGAAACAAGGGCUUGAACCUGAACUCGAUAAUGAGCCUUUCCCACCCAUGUCAAGCACCCUUGCUUCUUUGCGCUCAUGUAAAAAUCCUCUGCAGCCAGCUGAUACGCAACUUCCAGAGAGGCCAUUCUCAUCUGCACUCAUACCUUCCAUGACAGAGAAAAGGGAGUGCAAUAAACUGUUACAAGUUAGUGAUUCUGGUAGCAAACAUGGCAAUAAGGUUCUGGAGGGAAAUAAUUAUGUUCCAAUCUUUAAGAAGCUCAAAGAGAUCCACUCCUGGGCUGAUGAUAGCUUGAUUGAAGAUAUCAUGGCAGCUGUAGACAAUGAUGUCAUAAAGGCAUCAGUUUUAUUGAGAACUAUGGUUUCUGCCGAGGAAUUUGAACUGAAUAAGGAAACAAACAUUACAGGGUUAGAUUCUACUCUUGGAAGCACUCUAUUUGACAAAAAUACCCCAGAAGUGGAUAAAGAUGUUUCGUUGGGAGAGUUUGUGAACCUUGCAGAACUAGGUACUGCUCUUGAGGAUCAUCUUCCUUCUAAGAACAAAGUGUUGACUGAUGAACAUGCUUCUUGUGACAAUAUGCUUUUGGAUAACACUGCACAUUUGAAAUUUAUUACGGGGCAGUUGAGUUCUGUGCCUGUUGAGCCUGAGUGGGAAGAGGAUGAUCUCUACUUGAGUCAUCGGAAAGAUGCAAUAAGGAUGAUGAGGUCAGCAUCUCAGCAUUCAAAGGCAGCCAAUAAUGCCUUUCUAAGAGGUGAUCACUUCUUUGCCCAAAAACUUUCCCUUAAAGCUCGCGAAGAAUGGAUGGCUGCUGAAAGGCUUAAUUCUAAGGCAGCAAAGGAAAUUCUUAGCAUCAGGAAUAUCAAAAAUGAUUUGUGGAAACUGGACUUGCAUGGUCUUCAUGCUGUGGAAGCUGUUCAUGCCUUGCAGGAACACUUGCAGAGGAUUGAAACCCACCUGUCAUUGAAUCGUUCAGUAUCCCCUAAUAGAUGCAAGACAAACACAAGGGUUGUGCGUUCCCCAUCUCUGGAGUCACUUAAUUUCAUGGACAAAAAAGAGUUGGAUAAACGACAUAUGUUAUCCAGAGAGAGACCAACUUCAUUAGAAGUUAUAACAGGUAUAGGUAAUCAUAGCAGAGGACAAGCUGCCCUCCCAACCACUGUUAGAAGUUUCCUUAUUGAAAAUGGUUAUCGUUUUGAUGAAGCCAGACCAGGAGCUAUCUCUGUCCGCCCUAAGUACCACCAUAGGUGAAUGCUCAAGAUCAUGAUAUCCACAAAUGUGGAUUAGUAGCCUUGCAAUUUGGGUCUAUUUGCUUAAUCUUUGUAGGUUAUAGGAGUUCUUUCCUAUGAUUUCUCCCCAGAUUGUCACGAGUCAUGACCGAAGUAUAUUUUUAGGGAUUGGGGAUUAGCAAUUUGUAUAUCUAUUUACUUUGAUUGUCUGCAUUGAAACUGUAUUGUACAUUUAACUUUCAAAUAAGAAAAACUGCGUCUCUAAUUUGGUUCA